CUGUCUUUUCAUUAACGCACCGUUUUGAAGACGGUUGAGUGUUGUUAGGUGUAACAACGUCGAGAAGAGCAGAACCGGUCUAACAUUCCUGCUCAGUGAGUGUCACUGACGUACUGCCACCACAGCCUUCCUCCCACUCUCGCACCGACUCCUCCCCGCUAUUCCCGCAAGUUGAACAGACACCACGGGGCGAAAAGGUGUGUGGUGACUGCCUUGCUGUACGUUCUCCAGUGAGCCACUUUUUCCUUUGGGGUGGUGUUUUGUUUUGUUUUUUUUCCUGCUACUUUUAGUUCCCACGACAUUUUGCCUGCAUUUUCCAGUUGUGUGCAGCAACCUAAACUGCCCCCCCUCGAGCUUGGAUUUUGCUCUUAGUGUCGUCUCAAGAGGACCGCUGACUUUCUUCCAGAUGAAAUAGAUCCUCGGACGCCCGACGACAACAUGACUCCUCGGGGUUUUCCCACCGCGUUAUUAUACACUGCCAUGAUAAUUACACUUCAUUGUGAAGCAGAUCUGUGUCCUCCACCGACAGAGUUGUCACAUGAGUGGCUCGACAAGUUUACUCUCAGGUUAUUCUGGAAGAAGCCCAAAGAUCUGCCAGACAACAACAACAUCAAAUUCCUGCUGAAGGACCAUAAGGAAAAAGAUGUAACAUGCGUGCCAGGGACAGAUUACACAACAUUUCUUCUCACUGAAGACAUGGAUUCUAAUUGGACGUACAGAGUUUGGACUAACUGUAGUCAGUUAGCUUCAAAAGAGAACACCCCUGCUGAAAUAACCAUUAAACCCCCUCGGCCUCGAGCUAAAGUGGUGAAGGACUUCAAAUGUUUCGCAGACACCAACAAGUGCUCCUGGAUCCCAGUAAAUUCAACUCUAAACCUGACACUCUCAUAUAGGAUGAAGGGAGAAUCGGAGGAAUGUAUCAAAAGUUUACAGCAUUGUGACCAGCCUUACAGCCUGGGAGAGAGGAAUGGUUGUGACCUUAACAUCAAUACUACUGAUAACAUAUGCAUACUUGUGGAAACUGAAGCUGGAAUGAGCACCUUCGAACCUGUACUUGUGGUUCAUCCACCAAAGCUGAACAUCACAGAAAAUGGAGAUUCUCUCAUUGUGAACUUGACAACUCCAAAGGUCGGCGCAACCAUCAUGACUGGCUGCUGGCAAUACGACGUUUGCUACAAAAAAUGCAGCAACAACGAGACAUGCCAAAACACAGGCAGUGGUGGACAUACCAUGACGAUGCCCUACGAUAAACGCUGUCUUUAUGAGUUCAAAGCCAGGGUCAAGACUGCUAAACAUUGCGGAGAUAUAUCCAGCGACUGGAGCAAAUAUGUACCUUACGGUAGUAAUAAGCCUCCUGACAGGACACUGACUGUGGUUGCCAUUGUCAUCCCCAUCAUUCUGUCCAUCUGCGUCAUUCUGUCUUGCUAUUGCUUCAAGAGGCACAGCGCCAUUAUUUGCCCCACCAUACCAGAUCCCUCUACAAUAUUUAAGGAAAUGAUGAUGAACGGGCCGAGAGAACUUCAGAACGGAGGGAAUCUGUACAAGCCGGUACCAGAACGCUUGGAACCCUGCAAAGUUGUUCUAGUGCCUGAAAACUGUGUCCUCCAGCAAACCUCCUGACAUGUACAUUUACACUGCAGUGCAUGCGGUAAAGCUGGACUUCCACUCUGGGCAAAUUGAUCGAGAACAUUUACAGAUUAAUUUAGCACCAGGCAUGCCAGGUUUGACUUCUGGUUGAAAGAUUUCAGGUCUCGCGCACAUUUAAUAGCUGUGGUGUCAGGCCAGAACUCUGCUGCACCUUUACUGUAAUGACCUGAGAACAAUUCUGUAUCACUGUUGUCACAGGAGAACUUCAACCACCAGAGGCUGGCAAAAACAAGAUUUUCAGCUGCUUUUAUUUUUCAAGUUAGUGCAGAUGUAGCCUUCUGAGGCUUGUCAAGGGCAUAGAAAUACCCUGAAUCCUUGGAGCCAUCUUCAAAAAGACAAGAACUGUCAUGCCUGCACUGUUAUGUUGCGGAGGACUGAGGAGGGAGACGAGGAUGCGAGCAGGCCAUGCGUUUGGUUGGUCUGAGUGGAGGCUUGCAAGUGGACCAGCGGAGGCCGACUUUACUGGGAAAUGUUGCGCCUGUAAGAAGAACUGCUGUAUCCCAGAAAGGGAAUAACAAUAGGAGGCUAAUGUUUUCACAGCAUGAGUCUCAUCUGUAGGAAUGAUAUGCAAACGCCAGUAUGAAGCAAUAACAUGUGGUGUGUAUCAUACUUCUGAGUGAUCCCACGACUUGACAGGAAGGCAAGACCUCGGAAAACGGCCUGAUUUGGCCGAUUUUUGCAACUUUUCUCCAACCAAGGAAUGAGCGAGUGAGUGUUAGUGCUGGGAUUCCUUCCUUCCCUUCCUUAAAACAGAGAGUUUAUUAUGUCAGGGUUAUGGUGAAAUUUUGAAUAUGUUAUCUUGGAACCGAACUUAACAGGGCUCUUUGUAACAAUUUGUGGCAGUUGACAUUUAUUAAUCACUUUUUCAUUUGACAUGUGAGCAGAUUGUGAAGUGUCAGAAAAAUGACUACAUCUAUACAAGUCUGUGGACGACGUGUAUAAGUUGUUUAAUGCUGUUGGACUGUGGAUUUGCUCCGUAAACAACUCAUGUCAGACUAUCCAUGACAGUCCAAAGGAUGUGAAUUCAUGCAUGUUCUCAAAUUCUUCAUCCAAAUGCUUCUCUCCUAUAAGCUAACAGAGAGCAGGGUCCACUAGUUUAAACCCACAGCUGGUGCUCCAUGUAGCCCCUUUAAGUAAAACCAUUAUGAGUGCAUGCUAAAAGGAUUUUGAAGAUUGACCUGCAUGAACUUUGCUUGUGGACACUGAUGACUCAAGAUGCCAAAUGUCUUGUAUAGUUUGGAAAUAAUAACAAUUUUCUUAAAGCUACUUAUCUGAUAAGUCUCUUGAAAAUCAGACCUGUGGUACUGAUUUAACCUUUGUACAUACUUUUUUUGGAAAGAGGGAAGUAUAAUAGAGAAUUGUGCAGUUAUCUGAGGAUACAUUAAACCGAUAACAAUGUGA